AUGAAUCACCUAAAGACUCCAUUCAAAGGAGUCAUCAGUGAUGCCGAAGGAAGGCUAGCAUGCUACAAAAGUGACUGGCUUGAUGCAUGUGGCUCGGGCGCAAGGAUACUAGCUCCAACAGCAUACAUUUUCUUUGCUUCUGCUCUCCCUGUCAUUGCCUUCGGGGAGCAAUUGAGUAGAGAAACAGAUGGAAGCUUGAGCACGGUUGAAACACUUAUAUCUACUGCCAUCUGUGGAGUCAUCCAUUCAAUUUUUGGGGGACAGCCAAUGUUGAUUUUGGGAGUUGCAGAACCUACAAUUAUAAUGUACACAUACUUGUACAGUUUUACCAAGAAAGGAAUGGGGAAGGAGCUAUAUUUAGCAUGGGCUGGCUGGGUCUGCGUGUGGACUGCCUUAUUUCUGUUUCUGCUUGCUAUAUUCAAUGCUUGCGCAAUCAUCACCCGAUUUACAAGGGUGGCAGGGGAACUUUUUGGAAUGUUGAUCACUGUUCUUUUCAUUCAAGAGGCUAUCAAGGGCGUGGUGAGUGAAUUUCACAUUCCAAAAGGUGAAAAUGCCUCAGAAGAGAAGUUCCAAUUUCAAUGGCUUUAUGCAAAUGGUUUACUUGCAGUUAUAUUUUCGUUUGGUCUGCUUCUCACUGCCCUUAAGAGCAGAAAAGCUAGGUCUUGGCGGUAUGGUACAGGCUGGGUUAGGAGCUUUAUUGCUGACUAUGGGGUUCCAUUCAUGGUUGUGGUGUGGACAGUAUUAUCUUAUAGUGUACCUGGAAAUGUUCCUUCUGGAGUUCCUAGGAGGCUUGUUUGUCCUCUUCCCUGGGAAUCGGAAUCGUUACAUCAUUGGACUGUGGUUAAGGACAUGGGAAAGGUACCGACUGGUUAUAUUUUUGCUGCCAUCAUACCUGCUGUGAUGAUAGCAGGGCUGUACUUUUUCGAUCACAGUGUAGCUUCACAGCUGGCACAACAGAAGGAAUUCAACCUUAAAAAUCCAUCUGCUUACCACUACGAUAUCCUCUUGCUCGGAGUCACGACUUUGCUUUGCGGAUUGCUUGGACUACCUCCUUCAAAUGGGGUCCUUCCACAAUCACCUAUGCACACAAGGAGUCUUGCCGUUCUCAAGAAACAGUUGAUUCGGAAGAAAAUGGUAAAAAGUGCAAAGGAGGGCAUGAAACAACAAGCAAGUCAUUCAGAAAUCUACGGAAGAAUGCACGCGGUGUUCAUUGAGAUGGAGAAUGCUCCAUCUCAUACAGCUGAUAAAGAAUUGGCAAACCUGAAGGAGGCUGUCUUAAACCAUGACAACGAAGGAGACGCGAACAGAAAAUUUGAUCCUGAAAAGUACAUUGAUCUUCACUUGCCCGUUCGAGUAAAUGAGCAAAGAGUUAGCAACUUGCUGCAAUCCAUACUCGUGGGACUGGCCGUAUGUGCUAUGCCUGUAAUCAAGAUGAUACCUACAUCAGUUCUAUGGGGGUACUUUGCCUACAUGGCCAUUGACAGUCUACCUGGUAAUCAGUUUUGGGAGAGAAUGCUGCUUCUAUUCAUUUCUCCUGGUCGACGUUUCAAAGUUAUCGAGAGUCUCCACGCGUCAUUCAUGGAGUCUGUACCAUUCAAAUAUAUUUUCAUGUUUACGGCUUUCCAAUUUGUGUAUCUUUUGAUAUGCUUUGGAAUCACAUGGAUACCUAUUGCUGGGAUAUUAUUUCCAUUGCCAUUCUUUCUUCUGAUAAGUAUAAGAGAACAUGUUCUCCCCAAGGUGUUUCCGCCUCAUCAUCUUCGGGAAUUAGAUGCAGCUGAAUAUGAGGAAAUUGCAGGACAUCCUAUUCGGGGAAGGAGUCACUCACUCAGGGAUCGAGAAGCGACUGAUCCUGACGAAGAAGAAGGUGGUGUUGAUGUAUACGAAAUAUUGGACGAGAUGACGACUCAUAGAGGUGAAUUGAAGCAUAGAUCUGUGAGCUUCACUGAUAGGCAGCUUCAGGUCUUCCCUGAAGGUUCUGAUGGAGUGCAAGGACAGCUGAUACAAUAA